CUUAUGCUAAAAUAUACAUGCCUAGAAAGAGGUAUGCCCAGACCCCGCUAAAAGAGGCUUUGCCUCCCCAUUCAUAAAUCUCUAGUGACGUCCCUGAUCCAUAACACUAAAGGACAGGUACAUAAAGUAAUGUCAUCACUUAGAUAGAAAAUAAAACUACCACAACUAACUUCCCGCUGAGCUGCAUUUUGCAGCGCAUGCACGCGACAUCACUUCGGGAGGCGCGUGCACGUGGCAGAUUGCAGCCGGACUCCAAUACGUCAUGACGCAAAGAGCGCGUGGGCACGCACGACUGUAUUAUUUUUUCUUAAGACCCGGAGAACAAGCGUGCAAUUGAAAAUCGUUUCUAAUCCGGACUGGUUUCAAGAUAUCAGCUGGACGAAAGACGGAGGAAGACUUUAUAAAAGAGCAACAGUUCAAGUUCAUGCACCGUUUCUGUCAAGAGACAGAAUUAAUACCAAAAUGCAAAAACUGCAGGACGUGGUGGAUGUGCCCAGUCUUAACCCGGAUCCUGAUGCACAUCUCACGGAGUGUUUGUGCUGUAAUGGCGAAGAUCAGCACACAGAGAGGACUCUGUUAAAGAUGUGUACAGUGAGGCUGGUGGAUUUCAGGAAAAUACAGGGUCUGAGUGCACAAAUGAUAUCAGAAAGAAAUCUACAGACUGGAGUUUCAGGUGAAUCCAGCAUGUCUGCUGGAGAGCAGCAACCACUGCAGGAUCAAUUAAAGAUGAAUUCAUUCAGACCAGAAGUGGAUUGUGGAACAAUUCAAAGCAGAAAAGGAACGGCUGAGAGUCAACCAGAAGAAGGGGCUUAUUAUCAUAAAUACCAACACAGCAAUUUCAUUUCUUCCAGUGCGUCCAUUAAGUCCUCUUGUGAUCAAGGGGAUGAAUCUACCUAUCCAGAAAAACGUAUUAAAGGAGAGAGCCACCGAAGAGUUAAGCUUGCAAGGAGUUCCUUUGCGUUAUAUCAUACAGGCCAAAGGGUAUAUCAGUGCAGACAGUGCAAUAAAAAUUUCAGCGAUUCAUCAGACUUUUCAAGACAUCAGAAAACGCAUACAAGAGAGAAGCCUCAUCGUUGCUCACAGCGUGCAAAAGAGUUUUCAGAAGGCUCAUAUCUGCGGCGGCAACAGAAAGUGCACACUAGAUUUAAACCUCCUAGUUACUCUGAGUGCGGCGAGACUUUCACUCAGCCAUCAAGCCUUACAGUGCAUGAGCGAGUGCAUGCAGGAGAAAAGCCCUACAUGUGCACACAGUGUGGAAAACAGUUCUCAAGCUCGUUAGGUGUUCGGAGACACAAGAAAGUACACAGUCAAGUGAAGCCUCAUCAGUGCUCCGAGUGCGGUAAACAGUUCCUAUGUUCCAGCACCUUAAGGAUUCACAAGAGAACACACACCCAAGAGAAGCGCUAUCAGUGUUUCGAGUGCGGUAAACAGUUCGUACAUUCGUCAGCCUUAAACUACCACAAGAGAAUACAUACACAAGAGAAGCGUUUUCAGUGCUCAGAGUGUGGUAAACAGUUCAUACAAUCUUCGUCUCUUAAACAUCAUAAAAGAAUACAUACUGGGGAAAAGCCGUACAAGUGUUCUCAAUGUGAGAAGGCAUUUCCUCAUUCUUCUGCUCUUAAAGUACACCAAAGGCUACACACUGGACAAAAGCCUUACCACUGUGACCUGUGUGGAAAACAGUUUUCACAAUCAACACAUCUGCGAACCCACCAGAGAGUGCACACCGGAGUAAAGCCUUACGUCUGCUCUCACUGCGGCAAGUCUUUCAGUCAGUCGUCACAUCUUGCAGUGCACAAACUAUUGCACACCGGACAGAAGCCUUACUGCUGCCCCACCUGUGGCAAAGGAUUCGCAACACCAGCCUACCUUAAGCUGCACCAGAGAAUUCAUACCGGCGAAAAGCCAUACCAGUGUUCUGUGUGUGGAUGGUCUUUCACUCAGUCUCACAGCCUCAAAGAGCAUCUUGGAAAACACUGGCGAGAAGCGCUACCAGGGGUUUAAAGUCCAGUAGAGCAUUCAGAGAUUUUGGCAACCUUAAAUACCAAAUUUGGCAUGAACAUUACCUUCACUUUUCCCUUCAAGUUUGAGAUGAACUGUGCUGGAAAUGAAGGUCUCACCAGACCUUCUCACCACAUACAUCAUGUUUAAGUCUGGUACACUAAGCUUAAGUCUUAUUGGCACUCCAAGAGAAUGGGCAAAAAUGAAUGUAUAAUUAACCCUGAUCCUACCCACUGGGGUACCCGCUGACCCCUGAGGUAUACUUUUUGUCAUAUCUCGCAGGUGCUUUGUUGGAUCAUUCCAAUUUUUCAUGACUUUGUCAAUCAAUUUGUUCCUAAUGAUUUCAUAUCAUUGCUUUCAGUUUCUGUUUUAAUUAGUGCUUUUUAAUAAUAAAAGCACUCAUUUCCGCCUAUGCAGUUUUAAUAAAUGGAACUAUUUAUUCAGUUCAUGUUUCCCAUAGUUCAUAAUUUAAAGUAUCACAAACUAUCAGAGGGGGAGGGUGCACUCUGUCAGUCAUUCUGAAGGAGAUGGACACAGAUUCAGCAGACACAGAUGCCUUCAUCAUCUGGAUGGGAACUUCCCAGAUUGGAAGUUUUCAGAAUGUUGCAGACGUAGCUGGAUCUACCUGAGACAAUUGGGGAAUGCCCUGUUCAUGCCACACAUGAAGAGGAGAAUUGAUACUGCCAUGCUCCAAGCCCCAAUCCGAGCAGCAGUGGCCAUCAAUGGGAGUGAGGGAAAACACCUGCUGCUGUGGACGUCCAAAGAUCGUCUGGAAAAUCUACUCGUAAAAAGUGUAGGCUUUGCUCGCGAAACACAGACAGGAAGGUAGCAAAUGUUUGCUCCUUUUGUCACAUGCCAGUAUGCCCUGAGCAGAGCAUGAGCCAAAUCGUGUGCUAUACCUGUACGUAGUGUGUGGUGUUCAUAGUUCAAUGUAAACACCAUUUAUUUUACAUUAUGUAUAAAUUGAAAAAUCUUAAUUUAAAUUACAUGUAUUCAACAUUUAUUUUGACAGGGGGUCAUACUGAGACCAAGGUCUAUCUACGUUUGUAUUGAAAGACCAAUAAAAAAAAAAAUUUAAAAAAAAGUGAAGUUUGAAUGACUAUGGGUUUACUUCAAUUAUUUUAUAUUGGGGUCAAAAUGACCCCGGUUGGUUUCACCAUAUAAAUAUAACACAAAUAUUGUUUACUUGAAAAUAUGGAAAACUAAAUGAUACCAGAAUGAAAGGAUGGUAAAUAAGAUUUUACGUACUAAAGUGGAUUGUACUUGGUAUUAAAGCUGCAAUUUGUAUUAAAGAAAAGUAUCUAUUUUUGUUUUGCACAAUAUGCAAACUGUAACGUUCCUAAAAUAAUAAUAAUUUGCCUUUUUUUCCCCCCAGAUAACAUUUUUAUAGAUAACAUAAUUACAUAACUAAUAAUGUUUUUAAGAGGAAAUAAGUUAACAUUUUGCUAUGACGGUUGUUUAUU